AUGAAAUACCGAUCUGGAGCUGUCGCUGCGCUUGUCGCCGUCCAAGGCGCUUAUGCCCAGACCACUUCAGCGCCGCCGCCAGCCUACGAGUCCGCGCCCAUCAGCUAUACCACAGUCACAUACGAUGUCUGCACGUCUGCGUCCAUGGAGACCAUGAUCACCGUCACCAACGGCGUGACCGUCACCUACUGCCCUGACUGCACCUCGGGUGCUGCGCCAUCCGCCACCCCAACCCCUGGCCACGUCACCACUUACACGACCACCUACCUCUCUCUGUGCCCAACUGGAACCGUUCCAGUCACAUACACCGUCACCGAGUCUUGCGCUGAGGCCACGCCCACAUGGACUCCCGGCCCAUCUCACGUACCCCAAGGUUACACAGUCACCGUCAAGGACUGCACGGUCUGCCACUCCGACCUGUCCAAGCCAUCCACCAUCCCCGUGACCAUCACCGAGCCAUGCAACUGCGACGCAAACGAAGGCACCAUCAUGCCACCCAAGUCCAACGCCGACGCUACUCCCACCGGUGGCGACAGCAACCCGGCACCGAGCGGCAAGCCAAUCCAACAAAUAUCUGAUGGGCAAAUUCAGAACCCGACUGGAGAUGCUCCAGCUGGCACUGCUCCGGCCGGAACAGGUCCUGCUGAUGGCGGCUCCAACCCACCUGCUGCCACCGGAGGUGAUUCUCCUGCUCCUGGAUCUGACAGCCCAGCUGGAAGCGCCCCAGCUGGCACCGCUCCGGCCGGAACUGCUCCUGCAGGCACCGCGCCCGAAGGCUCCGCCCCUACUGCUCGCCCAGUUGAGACCGCCCCUGUUGGAGGCAACGGUACCGAUGGCACUCCACCAGCGGCUUACCAGGGUGCCGCAUCAUCGUCGAUCGGCAUUGCGACCAGCGCUGUUGUGAUUGUUAUCGGAGCUUUGGCCUGCUUGCUAUAG